AUGGACUCGAGAGAGCUUGUCCCGUAUUUCCCCUUCGUUGACGGGGAGUUUAUGUUUGCAACCCAACCUAACCGAUAUAUCAGUCAUCUCAUCGGGCAAGAGGGCCCUGGAAGUACCAUGUCAUAUAUCAAGUCCAAGGGUUGGGCAAAUGGUCUUAGUGCCGGCGCCUACCCUGCUUGCCUUGGUACUCCUGGUAUCUUUGAUGUGCAGGUUCGCUGGACGGAAGAAGGUUUCAAGAACUACCCAAAAAUCGUCAAGAUAUAUUCCCAUUACAUCAAUCUCCUGCGCGAGAGCCCAUCUCAGGAGUGGAUAUUUCAUGAGCAGAAGGGAAUGCCUGAAGUCGAAAUCAAGUUCAAUGGACACAGCCGUCUCCGAGAAUUUGCUCCUGAUGAGAUCGAAAAAGCCCUUGCCACGAUUCGCCCGGAUAACUUCCGCAUGGUCAUUAUGUUGCGCAACUAUCCUGGCAACUGGGACCAGAAGGAAAACAAGCUUGAGGUCGAGAAGAAGGAGGUGGCCGGGCCGGCACUGAACCCCCGGGUUCUUCGCAAUGAUAGCAUUGCCAGGACAUGGUGGAAGAAGGACGAUACCUUUCGGGUUACCCGUGCCAACGUUAUUGUCAGCAUGAAGACACCCCUAAUUUACGCCUCGGCAGAAAACAACGUCAAAGCUCGACUGUUCUCAGACCUCGUCCGUGAUGCACUCGAGGAGUACUCGUACGACGCGGAGCUGGCUGGCUUGCAGUACAACGUCUGUCUCGAUUCUCGCGGUCUGUUCUUGGACAUUGUCAGGGAGCGCUUGAUCCGAGGAUACAGCAACUGGCAGCUGCAAUCAUCCUAUCACCAGGUUGGCGAUUACACCGAUUGGCUCAAUGUCCGCGAACGAGACUUUUUAGUGGAAGAGCUCGCAGCAGAGCUUCCAAAUGUCACGUUGGAAGUUGUCCGGCUGUUCCGGAAGCAGAUGCUUGGCCAGGUCUUUAUCGAAGUGCACGUCCAUGGUAAUUUGUACAAGGAGGAUGCUCUCAAAGCGACCAAUAUGGUUGAGUCUAUCCUGAAGCCACGGGGUUUGCCCAAGGCCCAGUGGCCUAUCCUGCGGUCACUCGUUCUGACAAACGGUUUCAACUACGUUUUCAGAAAGACUCUCAAGGACCCUAUCAACGUUAACCACUGCGUCGAGACUUGGUUUUAUGUCGGUAGUAGAGAAGAUCGUGAUAUUCGGACCAAGACUCUCCUUUUAGACCAGAUGCUCCAUGAGCCAGCCUUUGAUCAGCUCCGGACUAAGAAGCAACUCGGCUACAUCGCUUUCAGUAGUCCUCGAGCUUUCUCGACGACUUAUGGCUUCCGCUUCCUCAUCCGGAGCGAAAUGACACCAGAAUUCCUUGACUCGCCCCAUCGCGAUGCCGCACAGAUUAAGCUCCUGACCAGACCCGAGGUCAUCGAGUUCUUCCACCAGCGCCUCAACCCUGCCUCCAGUCACAGGGUACGGUUUCCAAUUCAUCUUCAGGCUCAAGGCAAAGUUGAAGGGGUCGAUAAGCGACAGGAAGAGGCUCAGAAGAAGGCCGACGAGGAGCCCUCUCCUGGAGAUGCUGUAAAGACGGCCGAGGAAAUUACUGAUGUCAGGCUUUACAAGGCCGGCCUUGCCGCAAGUUCAGGGGCCAGACCCGUCAAAGACAUUAACGAGUACGGGUGUACGGAUGUAAAGCUGUAG